ACCUGUUCGUCGGGCUGCAACCAGGAAACCAAUCACAGGCUGAAGGGGAGCGAGAGAGAGAGAGAGAGAGAGAGAGGGCGACGCCAGCUGAAGGAGACAAAGGCGAAACGGCGGCAGGGUUUCAGGCCAUGACAGGGAACUGAGAGUCAGUGUCUGAGCUCCGUGCACGCUGACAACGUGGGACGGCUGCGAUGAUGAUGAGGAGCAUGUGAUCACUGCUAAGCGGCGAAAUGAUGGCAGCAGCAGGUUCCGGAGCCCCCAAGAGCCCGAAGCUGAGCUCCGAGGCCCCGACCAGCGGAGACUGGCGCCUGGUGGACAAGACCCUGAAGCGACUGGACAAGCUCCACGAUCUGUGCACGCAGCCCAGGCUCGGCCUGAGGAACAGCCCGCCGUACCUGCCGGAUCUGGUGUUGGAGAGCAGAACGCUGUUCGCGCUGGUGUGGCAGCCCUACCGCAGCGCCAGGACGGGCGGCCAGGCCCCCCGCGGAGACGAGGCCGCCUACCUGAGGAUCCACGUCAGAAACCUGCUGGAUAAGACGGACAAGGCCGUGAUGCUGUUUAAGGAGGGACGGGAGAAGAUCUAUGAAGCAUCGUCCACCUACAGGAGAAACUUGACCAAACUGUCCCUGCUGUUCAGUCACAUGCUGUGGGAGCUGAAGGGCAUGUUUCCAGGGGCCUGCUUUCAGGGCGACACCUACAGAGUGACCAAGACGGAGGCUGAGGAGUUUUGGAGACAUUCAUUUGGCAACAAGUGCAUUGUUAAGUGGAAGAUAUUUAAAGAGCGUCUGCGGAGCAUACAUCCGUUUGAGGAGGGGAUGGAGUCCAUGGCUCUAAAGUCGACAAUAGAUCUGACCUGUAACGACCACAUAUCAGUGUUCGAGUUCGAUAUCUUCACUCGGCUGUUUCAGCCCUGGAGGUCGCUCCUGAGGAACUGGAACCAGCUGGCAGUGACGCAUCCCGGCUACAUGGCCUUCCUCACCUACGACCAGGUGGUGGCUCGUCUGGAACACUACCUGCACAGACCUGGAAGCUAUAUCUUCCGCCUGAGCUGCACCAGAAUGGGCCAGUGGGCUAUCGGCCACGUGACCGUUGAAGGGGGCAUCGUCCAGACCAUCCCCGAGAACACGCCUCUCUACCUGGCGCUCAUUCAGGGCUUCAAGGAAGGCUGCUACCUGUAUCCCGACGGCCGCGACGUGAACCCCGACCUCACAAAUUUGGGAGAACCGUCUCAAAGGGGCAAAGUUACCGUUACAGAAGAGCAGUACGAGCUCUACUGUGAGAUUGGCAGCACCUUCCAGUUGUGCAAGAUCUGUGCCGAGAGAGAUAAGGACAUUCGCAUCCAGCCCUGUGGGCAUCUCCUCUGCAAACCUUGUCUCACAGGCUGGCAGCAGAAGUCGGCCGGCCACACCUGCCCCUACUGUCGCUGCGACAUCAGAGGAACCGAGUCCGUUCUCAUCGAGCCCUAUCUGCCAGGCAGCGGGCACCUGCAGGAGGAUGAAGAUGAGGAGGAGGAAGAUCACGAGGACAUCGAAGUGGUGGUAAAGGAAAUGGCCGCCCUGAGGAAGUUUUCUAGCGUGGAUUAUCAGGUUCCUAGUUCCCACCUCAGCGCUCCACCCCUGCCCCCUAAAAACACCACGGCGCCGCAGACGACAGGAGAAAAGGUGCAGCCCGAACGCUCCCGCUCCGGUUCAGGUCACAGUGAAAUGGAAGCACAUAGACGACACAGACAAAAAGGCGUGAAUAGGAAUGAAAAGGAGACACGCAACAGCAAGGAGACCUUCAGCGGGCUCGAGUCCCUCUCACAGAGCGCCGAGAACCUCGCAGAAGCAGACAGUGCUUCAAGUGAUGGUGCGGUUGCAUGGCUUGGACCUGCCAACCGUGUCAGAGAGAGAAGAGAGAUGGACGAAAGUAGAGCAGGUCACAGAAAAGACAAAUUUGGCCUUGGUGAAAUGACAAGAACAAUGUCAUCAUGAUAAAACAAAGAACACUCCAAUGUAAAGACUCAAGAGAAACAUGUCGACUUAUUACAAGUCUUCACUUGAGAGGUUUGGUGUCAGUGAAUGUAAAAAUAGAUUCAACAUCAUGUUUAACUGUAAAUGACCGAGUAUGUGCUGCACUGUUGAACUGGAGCUGUGUGGGUGGGACAGACUGAGGCCUCCUACUGCUCAGUCAUUACACAAUGUGAUAUUAUCUCCUCCGUUUGUUCAGUACUGAUUUCCAGAAUACAGUCUCUUUCUUCGUGACCAAUGCAUCUAAAUGUCCAUGCAAAAAAGUGUAUUAAAUGCUUAAUAUUUAAAAAUUUAACUAUAUACUUCUACAAUUUAAGUGGGGAGAAUGACUUAAGUAGAAAUGUGCUACCUCAUUCUUUAAUCCUAAUGUUGCUUAAUGUGGGUAAAUAAAAGUCUUUUUACAAUUAAACAAUUAAAGCUGUAAA